GUGACGUAAAACAAUGGUGUUCUUUGGUUAGAAAACAAUAAGAUACUUCAAGUACCUUAAGUACUUCAAGAAGCGAUUCGACACUGUAUAUAAAGACGAAAAAAUAAAAAAUGAAGCAUUCAUCAAGAUGUACGCAAGGAUUUUAGUUCUUUUGGUGAUAGCUGCUCUUGCUAGCAGUGAACUUAUCAGAAUUCCUUUGAAGAAGGUACCUGAUAAUAGACAAAAAAGAUUGCGUAAUGUAGCCGCUAAAGGAUUACGCAGUAGAUUUGGAGGCAAUGGAGUAGUACCUUUAGUCAACGAAUAUGACCUUGAUUAUUAUGGAGAAAUCAGUAUUGGAACACCUCCACAAACAUUCAAAGUCAUUUUUGACACCGGAUCUGCCGAUCUUUGGGUUCCUUCAGCCCAAUGCGAAAACAACACUAGAACAGCAAAUGGUUGCCAAAACCAUACUAAAUAUGAUGCUGACAAAUCUUCAACAUACCAGGAAAAUGGCCACUCCUUCUAUAUUCAAUACGGAUCCGGAUCUUUGAGUGGUUUCCUAUCUGAAGACAGCGUAAAUGUUGCUGGAGUUGCUGUGGAGAAGCAAACAUUUGCUGAAGCCACUUACGAGACCGCUCCAGCUUUCGUGGAUAGCACAUUCGACGGUAUCUUGGGAUUGGGUUAUCCAGAGCUGUCAUCUCAAAGUAUUACUCCAGUUUUCACAAACAUGAUCAACCAAGGAGUUCUUGACGCACCAGUAUUUUCCUUUUAUCUGAGCCAAACAGCCAAUGGCGAUCAAGGAGAACUAGUGAUUGGUGGAUCAGAUCCAAGUAAAUACAGAGGAGACUUCACCUACACAGAAGUAUCAAAAAAACUGUAUUGGCAAACUAAGCUACAAGGUGUUUCCGUAGGGAAACAAAGUUUAUGUAGGAAUGGAUGUCGAUCUGUAAUAGAUACUGGUACUUCUCUCAUCUACGGACCAAACGAUGAUGUUGAAGCUAUCAAUGACGCAAUUGGUGCCUUCUAUGACUACGAUCUUGGUAUUUACACCAUUGAAUGCGAUGCCGAUUUGACUAAGCUUCCUAAUGUAACAUUUACUUUCGGAGGCAAGAAAUUUGACAUUUCUCCUUCAGCCUACGUCAUCAGAGAUUCAGGUAUUUGCGUAUCAAGCUUUGUCGCCGGAGACUUUUUCCUCGCUGGAUUUGAAUGGUUGGUUGGAGAUUCAUUCCUGAAAACAGUCUACAGCGAAUUCGAUUUUGGCAACAACCGUAUUGGAUUUGCAGAAUUGGCAUAAAUAGUUGUAACUUUAUAAUUAUUUAUUUAUUAAAUAUUGCUUUAUAAAA